AUUAGUGUUGUUGAAAUUCGAAUGCCUUGGCAAAUGGCAACCAUAUAUAUCAGCCUCUACGUGAACUGUCUGAAGUGGAUCAAUCUAUGAUCUCUAAUUUUGGUAGCCUGGCUUGGAUCUAACCGACCAGGCUAGGCCAAUCUUAGCUUAUAUGGUGUGAUGAUGUUGUCAUUGCUCCGGUGCGCUCUUUGUGUGUGAUCUCUUUGGUCGCCGGCGGUCCAGAAAACCGCAUGCCGUCGACGACCACUGCCGGUGUAGAUGUGGAUGCCUCGGACGCGUCGCUUGCAAUGUCUUCUCUUUCCUUCCUAAAAGGAAAAUCUCUCGUUUAAUUUGCCUCUCCAAUCCCCCUAAUUUCAGUGCGAUUCUCUCACCACAGUGGCCAUCGCCGGAGAGAGAUCCCCUGAGACAGAUAGGAGUCAUCCACCACCAUCUCCAUGGGGAUGCUGAAUCUGAUGCGCCUCAUGUCCGUCAAGCGCCGCCGCCGCCAAGUCCAAGUUCCCCAUGAUGGAUUGAUUGCCUUACGGGCUAAAAGAAAGUGUUCACCCUGCCAACAAGAUGGCGAUUCUCAGGGCGCUGCUGACAUAGAGAUACCAGACCUUCCAGAGGACAUCUGGCGUCUUAUACAUUCCUUGAUGCCAAUGCGAGCUGCUGCCCGAGCUGCCUGUGUGUCUCGUUCCUUUCUAAGUUCCUGGAGAUGCCAUCCCAACCUCAAUUUCAGUAGUGAAGCAUUUGGGUUGAAUAGAAAUGCAUGUGGAAAGGAAGAAUUGGCUGGACUUUUCUACAGCAAAGUCGACCACAUUCUCAAAAGGCACUCAGGCAUCGGCGUGAAAAAACUUACGAUUAAGGUAUAUUCAGAUUAUAGUGGGAAGGGCUCUUCAUAUCUCAACAAUUGGCUUCAGAUUGGUGUUAAACCAGGGAUUGAAGAACUCAUAAUUUCACUGACCCAGUUCCAGGCAAAGUACAAUUUCCCAUGCUCUCUUCUGUCGAAUGGGAGUGGAGACUCAAUCCAAUAUCUUCACCUUUCUAACUGUUCCUUCCACCCAACAGUCACACUUGGUGGCUUAAGAAGUCUGACGAGAUUGUAUCUCUGUUGUGUGCGUAUUACGGAGAACGAGUUAAGCUGCUUUCUUUCCCAUUCUCUUGCAUUGGAGCAGUUGGAAAUCAGGUACUGCGAUAGGAUUGUUUGCCUGAAGGUACCUUGCCUACUGCAGCGGCUCAUCUCCCUGAAGGUGUUUGGGUGCGACAAUCUGAAACUGAUAGAAAAUGAAGCUCCUAAUGUCUCCAUUUUUGCAUUUCAAGGGGACAAAACGCAACUGAAACUUGGAGAAACUUUGCAAAUGAAGAGCCUAUGCAUGGUUCGCUCUGGUUAUGUUUAUCAUGCUCGUGCUGAACUUCCAUCCAUCAUGCCAAAUCUUGAAUCUCUUGCCAUGAAGUCAUUCAAAGAGACGGCCUUUGCACCGAAGCUGUGUAGCAAAUUCCUCUGCCUCAGGCACUUGAGCAUUGCCCUUAUUGGAUAUUUCCCAGCCUAUGACUAUUUGUCCCUGGCUUCUUAUAUUCAUGCUGCACCUUCUCUGGAGACUUUCUACCUGACUGUAAUGCAGCGGUACGUGCAGAAUGUUUCAAUUUUUGCACAUCCUGCAGAUCUGAGAUCAAUACGAGAAGAGCAGCAUCACAGCCUUAAGAGUGUGAGGGUCACAUCAUUCAUCUCUGUAAAGAGCUUGGUUGAGCUGACAUGCCAUAUCCUUGAGAGUACAACUUCCCUUGAGUGCUUGACAUUGGAUGCUUCUCAGACUGGUUUUAGGUGUGAUACUCCUGGCAGCAAAAUUGGCAAAUGCCCCCCACUAGAUAGGGACAUUAUCAUGGAAGGUCACAGAGGGGUCUUGGCUAUCAGAAGAUACAUCCAGCCUAGGGUACCUUCCACAGUGAAGCUGAAUGUUUUGGAGCCCUGCAGCUGCCAUUGUACUGAACUUUAGAUGUCAUGUAAAAUUACCCUUAUCUUAAUUAUUCGAUGUUUAAUCGUGCUGCUGUUGAUGAUGA